AUGGGACGGCACCGCACCAGUCACUCACUCGAGCUCAGCAUUCAUGGCGACGAGCAAGAGAAACACCGGAUCCUGCUCGAGCAUAAUCUCCAAAGCGUAGCCCUUAGCGACCUUCACCUCUCCGAUGCAUCCGACGUCGAGUAUCCCAGGCACCUUGACCAUUCCAGGGGCAUCGCGGACCAAUUCACCAGCAUAGAGUAUCGAGCGGAAGACUCUGACGGUCCGAGCCUAGCUCACCGCUGGAGCUAUCGUUCGCUGGAUGAUGAUCCCGCUGUCCGGGUUUACACUGGCGGCGAAACAAUGUCCACGGCGGCCCACCACGCCAGCGUGGUCACCCUUACUGCGGGCCUAAAUGGACCAGGGGCUCGUCGCAGAGAUAUCAGCAUGAGUGGUGCAGAAUAUGACCCCGAGCGACCGCUUGACGGGAUCAUCGCCGGGACGAACACCAGGUUCAGUGUUUUGGAAGAUGUUUCAUCGCGUAAAUACCCGCACCCCUCUACCAUCACGUUCGACCCACUGGUAGUAGACGACACCGCGGAACUUGACCAGGUGCUUGCUUCAGGUCGCGCUGGUCUUGCGACACCUCCCUCCCUUGCUGCACUGCGGUCACCCAAAUUUUCCGAAGAACAAUCUGCUAUGUUCAUUCCCGCCGUCGCCAACAUAUCCCCUGUCCGAUCACCAUUAUCCUCCGGCGAGUCCUCAUCCUCAUCCUCGUCUGGGCGAAAUAGCCCUAGACCGAAGUUGUCCGAUGCCCUAAAGCGUGUUGAUUUCUCGCCCAAGCGACCGCGGAACAAUCCGGGAAUGUACUCUCCCAAGCUGGAGGCGAGGGUUCCCUCGCGAUUGAGGCAUGAGGCCACGCAUACUAGUAAACACUCUGAAGUACCGCCAGACCAGCACAAAACCCACGCCCCUAUCCCAUCAAUGCCGCAUCUCCAAUCGUCGAUACAUCCGCCAUCCCCGCCCUCCCUAUCCUACCUUGAACCUGAUCCUACUUCCAAGCCGAAAGAGAAACUCGGCGCGGCAAAAAGCUCUCAUGGGCAUGGCAAGCAAUCUGUCGCUUCCGACGUACCGUCUCACGACUGGCGAGCCCCGGAAGUGCAGGUACAACCUCCUACGCCAGGAUCGUCAGCAGGACGAUCACUGUUCACGAGCAUGGCCCGCGGGCUUGCGCGGGAUAUAGGAGAUGCAUCGAGCACUGCAGCUCCGGUGCAGAGCACCGCCGAACGUCGCCCCAGUAGGAAGAAGCCACGCAGGGACUCUCCAGAGGAUAAGCGGGCGCUGUUGCAACCUGACACUCUUGAUGAGCUCCAGGAAAAUCAACUCCCUCGCUUAAAGGAUGGCCGUACGCACGAGAGAACGAAGCUGCACAUUCCCAACGCCUCCGCAGAGGCAUCCGGGUUUCAGUCGCGGCCGAUCCAGUUGCCCGAUGUGACUGGUCUAACGAGCGCGGUUGCCACACCUGCCAGGCCCACCCAUACCUACAAGCCGUAUCCUCAUGACAAGCCAAAUGAGGAACAAGCGCGACUCAUCGCGAGUCUUAAUCAUGUACAAGCUAAACUCUCCCGACUCGAACAGGAGAAUGGCAUAUCAAGACGCCGCGUUAGAGAGCUGGAGCUGGAGCUGGAUCGUUGUAAAGGUGAGGUGGCAAAGGAACGCACGAGGGUGCUUGAAAGGGAGAAAGCGGAUCAGGGCAUGGACCAUGAGCAGCACAGGCAACGACGCACCGCGAGGGAGAUGGACCCAAUCAGGCCAGAGCCCGGCCAGCAAAAGGGUAAGCAUGUUAGAAUGGCGAUGGACGAAGAUGCCUUUGGGGAUGCUAGAUAUCGAGAGGUAGUCGAGGAGAAAAAAGCGUUGGAAGCCUUAACCUCAACGCUCCGAACCCACCUCGCUCGGUUGACUUCCGAGCUGGCGUCUCAUCAGCAUCUUCUUACCGAGCUACGGCUUGCACAAGAAGCAGACAUUCGCGACCGACGGGCCAUGAAGAUGCAGCUGGGUGACGUAGAGUUGCUCAAGAUGGAGGUCGAACGACUGAGUGGUGAAGUCGAGGUGCUGAGAAACGUUGUCGAGGAGGGUCUGAGAGAGCGGCGACGCGACGGGAUCGACAGCGAGAGCGGCUCCGAUGACGGUGAUAUAUCCGAGGGCUUUGAUGCGCUUGAUGCAAAAAGCGAGGACCCUGGCGUGGUCGAGGUCGACACGUCGUAUCGACCGGAACAUGAUGUUUCCAACAAGGAGGAGGAGGAGGAGGACACAGCCUCCAUGUCCAUGUCAAUCGCCACUCCCUCGCCGUCGCCGUCAAUACAGCUGCCUCACAUCGCGGACAAGACGUCACGGACUGAUGCGGCCACUAUGGCAUCAGAGUCAAAUCCAGUUGUCAGCCGUCCUUACCUCAACUCGGAAGAGCUUGAGCAGAUCUCCGGAGAAAUCAGUUCAAGACGCUCCGAACGUGCCGAACGUUCAGUGUCUAGGGGUGGAUCCGCCUGCACAUCCCGAAGGGGCAGCCCAAAUACAUCCGUGUCAAGCCAUCGGGACACAACCACCCGUAGAUCGCCUGCUGCGUCUCCUCGUAUCGGUUCGCCGUCUCCUGUCCCCCGUCCUGCUGCUCCGACCCCUGCGCAUGCGUCUAGGCAAGCUGGAUUGUCUCGGCCAAGCCAGUGCCAGGGCGUGGAACCCCAAUCAUCGGCAGCUUACCCAGAAAUUCGAGGUUCACGAGUCGAGCAGAUGUUCUUGUCCGCCCCAGAGCACGACGCAAAGACCUGCACCGUGUGUAAUCGCCCUAACAAAGCGCAGACCACGGAUGGCGAUCUGCCUAUCUGGCUCAAAAGUAGGAAGUUUGAUUAUCAAGGCAGCCGCUAUCAUGCCGCCAGCUCCGAGCCUUCCUCAGCGCAUCCUCCUCAGACAGUGCUUGCGCGUGUCCUCAGGGAGCUGGAAGAUGACUUCACGCAUUAUAAAGGCAUCUACAUCGAAUUAGCGGAGCAAUACGCCAUCAUGGACGCUGCCUCCAAUUCAGCCAAGCGAAAUAUGCUUGCCCAGCAUCUCCGCGAAGUCAUCGAUAUCCUUGAGCAGAAGGGUGACCAAAUUGCGUCAUUAUACGGUUUACUACGGUUUCAGGACAAAUCCGUCUUGGAACCAUUGCAGCCCCCUCGAACGUCUUCGCCACCACCACGUCGUGAGGCACUCAAGAAACAUUCUACCAUAUCCUAG